GAUGCGUGAGGCAGGUCAUAUCAUAAAUGGGGAUAUGAUUUAGAAGGAAGUACAUUGAGAAAACUCACAGCCUAAGAGGAUAAUUACGCAGUGCUGAAUAAUGAACCAGGGUGGUCCUGUUUCCAAAGUGGAGUUGAGGGUGGAAUGUACAGGACUGAAGAAAAAGGAUGACUUCUCCAAAUCGGAUCCUUGUGCUGUCCUCUACCUGCAGCCCAGGGGAAGUAACUCAUGGCAAGAGAUUGGAAGAACAGAGCAUAUCAAGAACUGUCAUGAUCCCAAAUUUGCUACACCUUUUACAGUGGAAUACUUCUUUGAAGAAAUUCAGAAAGUAAAGAUAGAAGUUUAUGAUUUAGACAGUGCAACCAGUGAACUUACAGAUGACGACUUUCUGGGGAAAGUGGAGUGUAAUCUAGCACAGAUUGUUUCACGCAACCCUUUUUCUUCUGCUCUUCAAAACAAUGAUGGAACACCAGCAGAAGACUCCCUGAUCUAUGUCAGAUCUGAGGAGGUUAGGGAGGGAGGGGAACAUGUGUUCCUUCACAUCGGGGCCACCAAAGUGGACAAUAAGGACUUUCUGGGUAAAUCAGACCCUUUCUUAGAGAUUUCCAGACAGGUGUCAGAUGGAAGUUGGCAAGUCGUACACAGAACAGAGGUUUGCAAAGACACACUAAAUCCAGUUUGGAGGCCAUUUGACCUUGCAGUACAUGCUUUGUGUGGUGGCAACAAAACACAGCCGAUCCAGUUUACCUGCAGUGAUUAUGACAGCGAUGGAUCCCAUGAUCUGAUUGGUUCAUUCACCACUACUAUUGCAGAACUAGAGCAGGCAGCAACAAGUGGAAAUGAGCUACAGUAUCCAUUCAUAAACCCAAAGAAAAAGUACAAGAAGGACAAAAAGAAUUCUGGUGUGGCACAUAUUACACAGAUCAAGCUUUUCAGAAUGCCAAACUUUCUUGAAUUCAUUUAUGGUGGAAUGCAGAUUAAUUUUACAGUGGGUGUGGAUUUUACGGGAUCUAAUGGGGAUCCCAAUCAUCCAGACUCCCUUCACUUUGUUGAUAUGGCUGGUAAUCCCAACCAAUACAUGCAGGCUAUAAUGGCCGUGGGAUCUGUGUGUCAGGAAUAUGACACGGACAAGUUAUUCCCUGCUCUUGGAUUUGGAGCAAAGAUUCCAGAUGGGACAGUUUCAAUGGAGUUUGCUCUGAAUUUCAACCCCACAAAUCCCUACUGUGCUGGAAUAAAUGGUGUAAUUGAAGCUUACAGAAAUGCAAUCCGGAAUGUCCAGUUGUGGGGUCCCACCAAUGUGGCCCCUAUUAUUUACCAUGUGGCCAGGUUUGCUGCUCAGGCCCAGAAGGAGGAGCCAGACAGAGGGGCACAUGCCUACUAUGUGCUGCUCCUGUUGACUGAUGGCAUUAUAACAGACAUGGACCAGACCAGGGACGCUAUCGUCUAUGCCUCAGGGCUACCUAUGUCCCUCAUCAUUGUGGGGGUGGGGGAUGCUGACUUCUCCGACAUGAAUUUCCUGGAUGGGGAUAGUGGCGUUCUGAAGGGAACUAAUGGUAGACCAGCAGAGAGAGACAUUGUUCAGUUUGUUCCAUUCAGAGAUUUUCAGAAAUUUGGUUCUAGUGGUGCUGAUUUGGCAAAACAAGUGUUGGCAGAGGUCCCACAACAGGUGGUCAAGUACUACACGAUGAGAAACAUCGGUCCGAAACAGCGGCCAACUUAUACAGAAAGUGGGCAAAAAUACUCAACUACGCCAUCAAUUUAAUACCGUAACAAAACUACGCCAUCAAUGAAAUGAAUAUGUGCAAUAAUCAAAAAUAGUAGUAUUUUCAUUUUAUUUGAUCCCUUUGUGCUAAUGUAAUUUUUUUCUAUUAAGGGUAAUUGAUAGAUAUCUUAAAUUCUGUUGAUGAUUUAUUUUUUAAAAAUGAGUUAAAUAAUAGUUGUAGCUUCUAUACAGAGAAA